UAGUUGGAAAAGGGUUACAAAAUAGUUUUAUCCGACGAUAAUGAUGAUCACAUGGCACGACCUCUACACGGUGCUCACGGCGGUGAUACCACUCUACGUAGCCAUGAUCCUCGCCUACGGCUCCGUCCGUUGGUGGAAAAUCUUCUCACCGGACCAAUGCUCGGGAAUCAACCGCUUCGUCGCCAUAUUCGCCGUCCCUCUCCUCUCCUUCCACUUCAUCUCCACCACCAACCCUUACGCCAUGAACCUCCGCUUCAUCGCCGCCGACACUCUUCAGAAACUAAUUAUUCUAACUCUCCUAACCCUAUGGGCUAACUUCACCCGCUCAGGUAGUCUCGAGUGGACCAUCACCAUCUUCUCCCUCUCCACGCUUCCCAACACGCUCGUGAUGGGUAUCCCUCUGUUGAACGCCAUGUACGGAGAGUACUCAGCCUCGCUCAUGGUCCAGGUGGUCGUUCUCCAGUGUGUAAUCUGGGACACGGUUCUCCUCUUCUUGUUCGAGUACCGAGGAGCUAAGAUUCUGAUCAUGGAGCAGUUCCCGGAGACGGCUGCUUGUAUAGUCUCUUUCAAAGUCAAGUCCGACGUCGUUUCGUUGGACGGGAACAACGACGUACUUGAAACGGACGCUGAGAUAGGAGGUGAUGGGAUGUUACACGUCACGGUGAGGAAGUCAAACGCUUCCCGGAGAUCUUUAUGCAGUUCAAGUAUGACUCCACGUCCGUCGAAUAUCACUGGAGCUGAGAUCUACAGUCUUGACACGAGUCCAAGAGGUUCCAACUUUAAUCACUCGGACUUAUGUUCAGUUAUGGGGUUUUCUGGUGGCCGUCUCUCAAACUUUGGUCAGUCGUCUAGGGGACAAACUCCUAGGCCUUCUGACUUCGAGGUGAGUUGUGGUACGGCUUCGUCCCAUGGGUUAGGGUAUGACCCGGGUACUUCCGGGUCAUACUCAACCCUGAAUGCGGAGUUCUCCUCCUUUAGAGGAAACCAUCAUACUGGAGGAAAGUCAAAUAACCAUGAUGCUAAGGAGCUCCACAUGUCCGUAUGGGGCUCCAACGGGUCACCCGUCUCAGAGAGAGCUAAUGAAAAAACCGGAGGAUCCGACCAGGGAGCAAAAGAGAUCCGAAUGAUAGUCCCUGAUCCUCCUCAAAACGCAGAAACUAAAGCGACAGCUACUACUGGUCCGAGAAAUAUAGACUUUGGCAGCGAAGAAGAGUCUGAGAGAGUGAAGAGUCGGUGUAACUCCAUGGCGGAGCUAAACCCUAGAGAAGCGGCGGAAACUGGACAAGUAAACCAUAUGCCGCCAACGAUUGUGAUGACUAGGUUGAUACUGAUAAUGGUGUGGAGGAAACUGAUCAGGAACCCUAGCACUUACUCCAGUCUCAUUGGUCUCAUAUGGGCUCUCGUUGCUUUCCGCUGGAACGUGGAAACGCCUAAAAUCAUUCAGCAAUCAAUCUCAAUCCUCUCUGAUACUGGCCUUGGUAUGGCAAUGUUCAGUUUGGGGUUGUUCAUGGCAUUGCAACCUAGAUUAAUCGCUUGUGGAAACUCUACUGCCACUUUUGCAAUGGCGGUGAGGUUCUUGACAGGACCAGCAGUGAUGGCCGUUGCUGCCAUGGCUAUUGGAUUACGUCGAGAUCUAUUACGUGUGGCCAUAGUUCAAGCUGCAUUGCCUCAAGGAAUCGUGCCAUUCGUGUUUGCAAAAGAAUAUAAUGUUCAUCCGGCAAUCUUAAGUACAGGGGUAAUGUUUGGAAUGCUUAUUGCACUACCAAUCACACUUGCUUACUACAUUUUACUUGGGCUCGAAGCUCUGUAAUGGAUAGGUUUUGCCUCAGAAAAACAAGAGAAUUCCAAAUUUCCAAAUUUAGUUGAAUAAAACUAGAGAAUGUAACACGAGGUUUAGUAAAGUUAGUGACCAAUAUUUGAUUUGAGGAUCAAAAUGCUCUUUUCUUUCCAAUAUUUUCCUAGAGAUUAGAAGAGGAUGACAAUGAUAGAGACAAGAAGCGCAAAACAAGGGCAA